AUGGAUAAAAAACAAUUUCAGAGGAUAAAGUUAUUCAAGAACUUUCAGAGUGAAGAGCCGAGAGCUCUACCAUGCUCACUCCAACGAACGUUGUCUUCUUUUUCAAUUGUUUUGUUAACUCAGGUCGAGAAUGGCUGUUUCCAGGCUAUUGCUAGAAUAUCUGACUUGGUUCUGGAUCACAGCAGGCUCAGCUCUCAGUUUAUCACCAAUAUUUGCACAGAACUUGCUGGCACAGCCUUGCAAAACCUUUCCCUUAUGAACACUCUCCAGGGAUCACUCACAAACAUGACUUUUCAAGGUCUAGACAAGACUAACAUUACAGUGCUUGACCUCAGCUACAACACAAUGUCAAAGAUUGCUGAUGGUGCCUUUCAGUGGUUUCCCCGACUGGAAUCUCUAUCCCUGGAGCAUAACUCCCUUAGACACCUAACUAAGGACACCUUCAGUGGACUGGGAAAUCUAAGGCAGCUUAACCUGCAGAAAGCACUGAUUAAGAGUCAUACAUCAUCCUUACCAGUUAUUGAAGACUUCUCAUUCCACCAUUUAGUCCAGUUGGAGCAUCUGUGUAUGGAAAAUACUGCAUUCCGAGAGAUAACGGAGCACAUCUUCUCUGGACUUCUGCACCUGAAGACUCUGGAUUUAAGUUGGAGCAUCACAGGAUUGAAGACAGUCACAAACAAAACCUUUGCUUCUCUGCAAGAAUCUCCACUCCUUGAGACUCUUAAUCUUACAGCCAUGGGUAUAAACAAGUUGGGGCCUGGUGCCUUUUCAAUGUUGGGCAACCUUACUACACUCCUACUUGGCCGAAACUUCAUUAAUCAGCAGUUGAAAGGGGAUGAGUUCGAGGGCCUAACUAGCAUUAAAGAGAUUGACAUGUCUAUAAACCAGCAAAGUAUUUCCCUUACUAAUGCAUCAUUCAUCCACGUCCCUACGUUGAGGACUCUAAAGCUAGGUCGUGCCCUAAAAGGAAGCCUAGAUAUGGAACAAUCGCCAUUUAGGCCACUAGUCAACCUCACAGUUCUAGAUCUUAGUAAUAACAAUAUUGCAAACAUAAAUGCCGGCAUGCUGACAGGGCUGUAUCGUUUGAAAGUGCUGAAAAUGCAGCACAACAACUUGGCUAGGUUGUGGAAAACAGCCAACCCAGGUGGUCCAGUGUUUUUCCUCAAGGAUGCACACAAGCUGACUCUCCUGGAUCUGGAUUACAAUGGCCUCGAUGAGAUUCCACUUGAUGCUUUGCGUGGCCUCUCUAAUUUACACGAGCUAAGUCUCCGUGGUAAUCUCUUGAAUCAGCUGCAUUCCUCUGUUUUUGAUGACCUACAGUCUUUAAAGUAUUUGCAUCUUCAAAAGAACCUUAUAACAUCCGUCCAACACGCCACGUUUGGCGUGCCGCUGUCCAACCUGACAGAACUUUCCAUGGACCGCAACCCCUUUGACUGCACCUGUGAGAGCAUCCUGUGGUUCUCUGAGUGGCUAAACUCAACCAAUGCAAGCGUUCCUGGAUUUCCUCAAAGUUACAUCUGCAACACCCCAAAUGCCUACUUUAACCGCUCCGUCAUGAACUUUGACCCAUUGUCCUGCAAGGAUAUGACACCUUUUAAGGCACUGUACAUUUUAAGUAGUACAGCCGUGUUAAUGUUGUUAUUUACAGCUUUCCUGGUGCACUUCCAAGGAUGGAGAAUCCAGUUCUUUUGGAGCAUAAUGGUAAACCGUAUGCUGGGGUCGCUGAAGGAUGAAAGCGUUGCUGAAGGUAGAUAUGUGUUUGAUGCUUAUAUCAUUCACACUGCUAAGGACAGACCAUGGGUGGAUCGAAGCCUGCUCCCCCUAGAGGACGAAAAAUUUAUUUUUUUCCUUGAAGACAGAGAUGCAAUACCUGGCUUUUCUCAACUUGACACCAUUAUUGAGAACAUGGGAAAAUCAAGGAAGAUCAUUUUUGUUAUCACAGAAAUGCUUUUAAAGGAUCCAUGGUGUAGGCAAUUCAAAGUACAUCAUGCACUUCACCAGGUUAUGGAGAAGAAUCGUGACUCAUUGAUUCUGAUUUUCUUGCAAGAUGUCACUGAUUACAAUCUAAACCGCUCUCUGCAUCUUCGUCGUGGCAUGUUGAAACCUUGCUGUAUUCUCUACUGGCCUUUACACAGGGAACGUAUCCCAGCUUUCCAUCAGAAACUUCGUUCAGCAUUAGCCUCCACCAACAACCUUAACUAGAAAUUAUUUUUCCAUAAUGUUUAUUUUGUGCCAGGUCCUCAAUCAUUGUACUAACAGUUCAUACUUGAAUUCUCUGUUUAUUUACUUUCAUAUUUCUUCACACAUUUAAAGUUGAAAAGAAUUUGCAGGUCAGAUAAUAUUGAGUGAUGGUUCCUGUCAAAUUGUUGCCUCUGGUACUGAUUAUUUGAUUGUUUCAACCUGGGAAGGAGUAAUUAGUAAGAAACUGAUGAUAAAUGUUGCUCUUUGUUUGUAUUUAAAAUCAGUGUUAAUGCUAAACAAUGUAAAUACCAAUGAUUUCACUAAGAAAGCAGCUUAUGUUUGAGUAUAGAAACGAGGGGGUUACAUCGCUUUUUUAAGUAAUUAAAAACUAUUAGCUGCAUUGUUAAUGGAGAUAGACUGAUAUGGAUGGAUAUAAAUCUCUCUCUCAAUAAUUAAUUAAAAUAAAUGAUAUAAUUAAUUAAUUCAAGUAAAUGCAAUUUUACAUACUACUUUAUCUCUCUGAUUCAAUGCAGGCAGAAUGCAGAGCUAACGAGUAACUGUCGAAAAUAACCAUCAGUUUAACCUUCCGGUCAAAUAUUGCACUGCAAACAUUAAUAACAGCUUUAAGUGGUCAAGUGCUGGCAAAUGACCAUAGUAUAAGUGGGGUAAUCCACAGCUAGCUGUACAUGAAAUUGUUUUAAUGCACUUCAGACGGUUCUUUGCCUCCACCUCGUGCAUUAAAAUCGUGUAUUAAACAAUGUUAAUGUACAACGUGGAAGCAAAGAGCCGCCUGACGCGAAAUGCAUUAAAAUAAUUUCAUGCACAGCUAAUCACACACUGUGUCUGAUCAGUGCUCCAUUAACAACUUAAAAAAGCUAUGUAACCGAAGGGGGUAAUCCACCAGCCGGAAACUGAAGUCUUUCCGGGGGCCGCUAUUGGCUAACAAGGCAUCACCGGCUGUUUGCAUUCCAUUUGACUCCCAUUCAUUUUGGCGUCACUUGGCAACGAAUAUCUUUACAUCGUUCUCAGACCGUCUCAGCGCUCUUCUUAGCCCGUCUCAGUCCGUCUCGGCGCUCUUCUUAGCCCGUCUCAGUCCGUCCCGG